ACCUUGCUUCCCUACUUGAAAGCUCACUCCUUUCACCUGAUUGCAUUAUUUCCUUUACAUUUUAUUUUUAUUUAUUUAACUCUUUUUCCUUUUUUGCCGACACCCAUAAGCCUCUCUCUCUCUCUCUCUCUCUCUUCAUCACCAAGGCCUAAGCUUCGAUUCUUUCUCUCUUGCUGUCCUUUUCUUUAAUGGCGAUGCCUCUUGCCACUGGCUCCGAUCUCAACCUCAUUAUUGACCACUUCCACUUUUCUUCUUUUUAUUCUUCUUAUUUUCAGUGUCUACGGUAGUCUAACAUGCUCUCUACCUCACUCCAAGCUCACCUGUAAGCACAACCACACAACAAGAAAUUUCAAUAAUGGCUGGGAAGCCCAGUGCUCUUUCUUUCUGUGUACCUCGUUCAUCGCUUACUGAGUUGCUGUUUCUUUUAUUUUUCCUCGCCUCUAUCUUUGCUUUGCCGCUUCUUGUUCAAUGCAAUACUGAUCCCUCCGAUGUUCAAGCUUUACAGGUCAUUUACACUUCAUUGAACAGUCCUUCGCAGCUAACCAAUUGGAAAAGCAAUGGUGGUGAUCCGUGUGCAGAAUCAUGGAAAGGAGUUACUUGUGAGGGAUCAGCUGUUGUUUCCAUCCAGAUUUCUGGAUUAGGACUCAGCGGGACGAUGGGGUACAUGCUUUCAAACCUUAUGUCACUAAGAACAUUUGAUCUAAGUGACAAUAACAUUCAUGAUUCAAUCCCUUAUCAAUUACCGCCAAAUAUUACAAGCCUAAAUCUUGCGAGAAACAACUUAAGUGGGAAUCUUCCUUAUUCCAUUUCUAGCAUGUUUUCGAUCACUUACUUGAAUGUGAGCCGUAAUUCACUUUCCCAAUCAGUUGGAGAUGUUUUUUCAAAUCUUUCACUUUUCACAACCCUGGAUCUCUCUUUCAACAAUUUUAGUGGAGAUCUUCCCAGUUCCAUUAGUUCAUUGUCCAAUCUUUCAACACUCAAUGUUCAGAACAAUCAACUGACUGGUUCUCUAGAUGUUCUUACGGGUUUGCCUUUGACUACUUUAAAUGUUGCAAACAACCAUUUCAGCGGAUGGAUACCUCAAGAACUUAAUUCAAUUCCAAACUUUAUAUAUGAUGGAAAUUCUUUUGACAAUGGUCCUGCUCCUCCUUCUCCACCAUAUACCCCACCGCCACCUGGUAGAUCUCAUAAUAAUCGUAGUCAUUCAGGAUCAGGCGCACAUUCACCCCCAUCUUCUAAUGGCCAGUCAUCUGAAUCGGAUAAGGGAAUGUCAGUGGGGGCUAUUAUAGGCAUAAUCAUGGGUUGUGUGUUUAUGCUUCUCCUUGCACUUCUUGCUGUUGUUUUUUGCAUUAGAAAAAAUAAAAGGAAGGACACUGGUGUCAUAGUUUCCCAGGGAAGUCGGUCUGCUGGCACAAAUGACAUAAAUAUGGACAUACAAGAGCAGAGAGUGAAAAACAUUGCUGCUGUUACAGAUCUGAAGCCCCCACCUGCUGAGAAAUUGGUAGUUGAGCGGUUACAGGGGAAUUCUGGAUCCAUAAAGAGAAUGAAGUCACCAAUCACUGCUACUUCAUAUACUGUUGCUUCUCUCCAAACAGCAACUAAUAGCUUUAGUCAAGAGUUUCUAAUUGGUGAAGGUUCUCUUGGUCGUGUUUACAAAGGGGAGUUUCCUAAUGGAAAGGCAAUGGCUAUUAAGAAGAUCGACAAUGCAGCACUUUCAUUGCAGGAGGAAGAUAACUUUCUUGAAGCUGUUUCAAAUAUGUCUCGGUUGAGGCACCCAAACAUUGUUUCACUGGUAGGAUACUGUUCAGAGCAUGGCCAGCGCCUUUUGGUUUAUGAAUAUAUUGGGAAUGGGAGUCUGCAUGAUAUGCUGCACUUUGCUGAUGAUGGUAGCAAGACUCUAUCUUGGAAUGCACGUGUUAGGGUAGCACUUGGGACGGCGCGGGCUUUAGAGUACCUGCAUGAAGUUUGCUUGCCUUCUGUUGUGCAUCGAAAUUUCAAGUCAGCAAAUAUUUUAGUUGAUGAAGAGCUCAAUCCCCACUUGUCAGACUGCGGUUUAGCUGCUCUCACACCAAACACAGAGAGGCAGGUGUCAACACAGAUGGUCGGAUCAUUUGGCUAUAGUGCUCCUGAAUUUGCCUUGUCAGGAGUAUACACUGUAAAGAGUGAUGUGUACAGCUUUGGUGUGGUGAUGUUGGAGCUACUGACUGGUCGGAAGCCGCUGGACAGUUCAAGGGUGAGAUCAGAGCAGUCACUUGUGAGAUGGGCUACUCCUCAACUGCACGAUAUUGAUGCUUUGGCAAAAAUGGUUGAUCCUGCCUUGAAUGGCAUGUAUCCUGCAAAGUCUCUUUCACGUUUCGCUGACAUCAUUGCCCUCUGUGUUCAGCCGGAACCUGAGUUCCGCCCUCCCAUGUCUGAAGUUGUGCAAGCAUUGGUGCGGUUAGUUCAAAGGGCGAGUGUGGUCAAAAGGCAUUCUAGUGAUGAAUCGGGAUUUGCAUACAAGACUCCAGAGCAUGAGGCAAUCAAUUUGUGAUUUUGAUUGUCCUAGCCUUGUUGAAUUGGAGGUGACACUUCCAACUUGGUAAAUGACCAGAGAGAGAUAUAUCAUUGAGUGACUAAAGAAUGAGCACAUAUUUAGAGGAAAGAAGUGAAACGAGUACUAGAAUCAGAUCACAGAAGAUACUGUAAUUAUGUCCAGAACAAUUGUGAACUGCAAAUACUUCAGGGUAUCAUUAUCUGUAAAUGGUUCAAUGUUGUAUUAAAAAAAUUUUCCAGAAUCUUUUUGAUGCAAUAUGUAUUGCGGCACAAUAAGAAUUUCCAUUUGAUUCUUGCAA